GUGGAAAUGGCGUUUACUUGGGCUAGUCCAAAAACUCGCUCGCCAAGCAGUUACGAACAACGCGUUGAGAAGUCAAACCUGUAAUCUCAUACUUUCUCUAGACUAUAUUGUUGUUGUCAUCAUGCCCGUGUGGUGUUCUGUACCACACUGUGCUAAUUACAAACAAGCGCAAAAAGAAGGAGUAAUCUUUCACAGUUUGCCUACCGGAGAUAUACCCCGAUGCCGUAAAUGGCUCGCGGCUAUCAAGAAUAAUAUUUACAAUGUCAACACACCAGUGGCCAAGUAUCAAAACAUCCGCGUCUGUAGUCAACAUUUUCGUCCCGAAGAUUAUUUGAGGGAUUAUCAAUCUGAAUUGAUGGGGAAGCCAAAUCGACGGCAGCUAAAAAGGGACGCGAUACCAUCGGUGUUUUCCUUCACAACAAAACGGAAGACAUCCGAUCAACCAACACCAGCACAGAAGAAAAGAUCUCGAUUAGAGUAUCUGAAGAGUAUUGAAGCUCUCAUCACACCAGAGGUGGCUCCAAUAUUGCCUGGAAGGAAGAACAAAGGUGUUCUGACUCGACCCCGUGUCCAGGAUUCUGGAACCAGCAUUGACAUUACACCUGAGAGUGCAGAUGUGUGUGUGAACAGAGACUGUCUGCUGCAGCUCUUCCUGCUCUGCGAGAGGUGUGGCUGCGACUGUGAUGCCAGGAUCCAGGAUGAACUGGGUUGCUUCUCUGUCGUUCAGAAGUGCCCGUUCUGCAGUCACCACAGGAAAUGGAUGAGCCAGCCCUCUUUUGCCCAGGAAACCUGUGGAUUGAAGGAAGAGGCGAUUGGAGGGACAUGGUCCCAGCCAUGUGAAGACAGAGACCCAGACCUAGAGAACAUUUGCUUGACUAUGGAAAUCACUGAGGAGUUGUGUGAACAUGAUGCUCGGUCCUCGGACGAGGAGAGUGAGGAGGACGAAAAGCCCAAGAAGCGGAAUAAGCAGGAGAGAUCAGAUGAGACCGAGUGGGAGCCGUCUGACGAGGAAGACAUUGUAGUGGACUCUGAUUCUUCUGAGGAUUUGGAAACGGCAGGUUCCUCUGGUCUAACAGAAAAGGCCAACGUUGAUAAUUGUCAGAGCGGAAUAGAGAAAGAAGAGAGACUUGUGGAGUGGUGCACUGACUGCGGAGCCGAGCCUGUACUCGCCUGCACCACACAGCGCCAUAAGAAGCUGUACGCCUGUGGUGUGUGUGUGAGUGAGGUCCAACAAGCUGUUGGAUUUGACCGAUUCUACAUGCAGUUCGAGGACCCGGCCAGCUUCAAGGAACAUGUACGACGUGAACACAACACACAACCUCAUAGGUUUCUCUGUACAGACUGCGGCAUCUUUCCUCACAAGAAGGACCAUUGGUGUGAGCACAAGAUCAAGAAAUUCCACUGUGUAGACUGUGGUAAGCGCUGUAGGACUGAAAACGGUUUCAAGAUUCACAGGCACCUCCACCACCCUGACCAUGUUUUCCCCUGUAAGUUCUGCCUGCAGCCAUUCAAAACCAGGUCAGACAAACUGACACACGAUGAAAGCCAUCAGGGUGAGAUCUCUCCCUACCAGUGCUCAGAAUGUUCCGAAAAAUUUGAUGACCUAAUGGCAAGGAACAGCCACCUACGAACCCACAGCAACCUGAAUAGAAACAUCUGCCACACUUGUUACAAAGAAUUUUCUAACAAAAAUCAUCUGGAGAGGCACAUGAUUAUUCACACAAGGCAGAAGCCCCACAUGUGCCAGGUCUGCCAACAGUCCUUCAACCAAGCGAGCCACCUUAAGUCCCACAUGCGCCUCCACACAGGGGAGAGGCCCUUCAAGUGCCAGCAGUGUGAGAAGUGCUUCAAUCACAAUGUCAGUCUGAAGAACCACAUCCAACGCUAUCAUGGCCCUGAGAAGAGUAUCACAAGCUGAGGAAGAGGAGAGUUACACAGGCUGAGGGAGAGGAGACUACCGCAGGCUGAGGGAGGGGAGACUACCGCAGGCUGAGGGAGGGGAGACUACCGCAGGCUGAGGGAGGGGAGACUACCCCAGGCUGAGGGAGGGGAGACUACCGCAGGCUGAGGGAGGGGAGACUACCCCAGGCUGAGGGAGGGGAGACUACCGCAGGCUGAGGGAGGGGAGACUACCGCUCAGCCUGCGGUAGUGGAGACUACCGCAGGCUGAGGGAGAGGAGACUACCGCAGGCUGAGGGAGAGGAGACUACCGCAGGCUGAGGGAGAGGAGACUACCGCAGGCUGAGGGAGAGGAGACUACCGCAGGCUGAGGGAGGGGAGACUACCGCAGGCUGAGGGAGGGGAGACUACCGCAGGCUGAGGGAGGGGAGACUACCGCAGGCUGAGGGAGGGGAGACUACCGCAGGCUGAGGGAGGGGAGACUACCGCAGGCUGAGGGAGGGGAGACUACCGCAGGCUGAGGGAGGGGAAGGGAGAGAGAGAAGGUGAGGCCCAGAGGGACAUCUAGAACCGCUGGGGAAAGAAAUGUAGCUGUAGAAAACUUAGAUUGAUCACACCAGGGUUGUGUUCAUAGGGCACACCGUAGCAAAACGUUUUUCAACAGGAAAUUAAAAUGAGCUAUUUACUACUACUUUAACUUUUAACUUAGUUUGUGUUGAUGUUAUAUAUCAUGUAUUGAUUACUUUCUACAUAUUUUAAACAUUUGGAAUUCCAGUUGUUUUAAUAGUUGUUGAAAUAUCAUAUUAGAAAAUAGUUAUAUUUAUAUAGAGGAUUUUUGUAUUUGCUGUCAUGAGGAUGAUUUAAAGUUCCAUUUUGAAAUACUGC